UCCACUGUGUCUCUGUCUCUUUAUUUAGUUUUUCCUCUUAUCUAGCCAGUGAGGCGACUCGCAGUGCUCUGUGUGGAGGACAGAGGGAGGGUGGAAGGGUGAGCUGUCAGAAGGACUUGUGGACAGGUUGGUCCAUUUCCCCUUCGUCUCCUUGCCGAGCUAAGCUGUCUAUCACUGUAAUAGAGCUGCCUGCAUCUUGUGGAUUUAUCUCUCUGUGACUGACACCUGGGAAGACGAGGGAAACCUGAGGCUGGAGUUUGCCCCGCCACCACCACCACCCCUCCUGUGUGUGUGGAUGACCUCUGCUCCUCUACUCUGCACCUCAGCACCAUGAACAAGAUGAAAAACUUUAAGAGGCGUUUCUCUUUAUCUGUUCCUCGCACUGAGACCAUUGAGGAGAAUGAGUUCACCGAGCAGAUCAACCAGCUCAACAUCCAGCACACUCAAGGCCUGACUCCAGACCGACUGGGUCCUCCAUCUCAUGAUGCCAGUCCGGUGAGUCCUGAACCAACCACACCAGGAGCUCAGUCUCCAUCCCACCUCCACUACCACAGCAAGGCCCAGCACAGACGUUUCUCCAUGGAGGACGUCAGUAAGCGCAUGUCCCUGCCCAUGGACAUCCGCCUGCCUCCAGAGUUCCUCAAGAAGCUGCAGCUGGAGAGUGAAAACUCACCGCUCUGCAAACCUCUCAGUCGCAUGUCUCGCCGUGCGUCACUGUCUGAUAUAGGCUUUGGGAAACUGGAGACGUAUGUGAAACUCGGCAAACUGGGUGAGGGGACGUAUGCGACAGUGUUCAAAGGGCGAAGCAAGCUAACAGAGAACCUGGUGGCGUUGAAGGAGAUUCGAUUGGAGCACGAGGAGGGAGCGCCAUGCACUGCUAUCAGAGAGGUAUCUCUACUGAAGAACCUGAAGCACGCCAACAUCGUCACGCUGCACGACAUCAUCCACACCGACCGCUGCCUCACACUGGUGUUUGAGUAUCUUGAUAGUGACCUUAAACAGUAUUUGGACAACUGCGGGAAUCUCAUGAGCAUGUACAACGUCAAGAUCUUCAUGUUCCAGCUGCUGCGUGGUCUGUCCUACUGCCACAAGAGGAAAAUCCUCCACAGAGACCUAAAGCCUCAGAACCUGCUCAUCAACGAUAAGGGCGAGCUUAAACUAGCUGACUUUGGUCUGGCCAGGGCCAAGUCCGUCCCCACUAAAACCUACUCCAAUGAGGUGGUAACUCUGUGGUACAGGCCCCCUGACGUGCUGCUGGGCUCUACAGAAUACUCCACACCCAUCGACAUGUGGGGCGUGGGCUGUAUCCUGUAUGAGAUGGCAACAGGUCGUCCCAUGUUUCCUGGUGCCACUGUGAAGGAGGAGCUACAUCUCAUUUACAGGCUCAUGGGCACUCCAACGGAAGAGACUUGGUCUGGUAUCAGCAGUAAUGAGGAGUUUGGGUCCUACCUCUUCCCUCAGUACAAACCUCAAGCUCUCAUCAACCAUGUGCCCAGGUUGGACACAGAGGGGAUUGACCUGCUGUCUGCUCUGCUGCUGUACGACACCAGGAGCAGAAUCUCAUCUGAAGGCGCUCUACGACACCCCUACUUCCUGAGUCUGGGGGAUAACAUACACAAUUUGGCAGACACUGCCUCAGUGUUUUCCCUCAGAGAGGUGCAGCUCCAGAAGGACCCGGGCCACCGCAGCUCCGUGUUCCAGCCUUUGGGUCGAGGGAAGAACCGGAGACAAAGCAUCUUCUAGAGGUCGCACAGAGGAGGAACAGAGACACACACACACACACACACACACACACACACACACACACACACACACACACACAUAGAAAAGAGGAGCUGCCUUUCCGGACCACAGCACAAAGGCUAACACAGCUCAGCACAUUCACAAGCAUGCCGCACCUACACACACACACACACACACUCAUGUGCACUCACUCAUUCCCAUGGCAGCUGACCGUGGAGAGACACAGGGUUUGUGGAAAUAAAGGUGUACUGCACUUUGUCUGAGCUGAGACACACUCUCCCUACGCACACACACACACACACACACACACACACACACACACAUAUAUUUGCACACAUUUGCACAAUCAGCGACAAUGAACAUGCUGCCAUUACUCAGUUGCACCAGAGACACCAGAGAUUAAAGUAUCCUGCUGACACACACAUACAUUUUAACCCAAGAACAAAAAAUUGGGCCACUCAAUAAAACUGCUUGACAUACUACCACCAUGUAUCAUUUCUAUUCAGAGCUCAGCCAGAGCUCUGGCCAUCUAAGGUAGCUACCACAUCUGGAACCAUCAGACAGGUGCAGGUGUGCAGAAGUAUUGCCUGACACAAACACCACAGAGACAAACAAAGAGGAGGGUUGUGGUGUGAACGGAGGUCGCUUCAGUUUUACAUAAAAUCUAAUGAGGUUUUUUUUUUUUUCAUUUUCAAAUUUUGCUAAUUGUUUUGUCUUGAUAAUAUUUAGGCGCAUCUCUAAACCAAAACACCAAGAUGUAGCUCAAAGAUACACUCUCUGAUUUUUGCUUUAGCAUCCAGCGGUGCCUCCAAAUUUAACAGCAUUCAACAGUGGCAUUCUGGGAUUUGCUGGUUCUGGUAAUUUAAUGUUCCCUGAACUGUUCACGUGGGCUUUAUGUACAUUUUUAUUUCUCAGCAUGAAUAUCUAAAUGGUGUUUCAAAGCCUUCUUUGUGUUAUAAGGAAUAAACAUCUGAUAGAGAAAUUCAUAAGUCAAAUUUAAACAUAAUGAAUCUGGUAUACUGGAAUUAGCUCAUAAAAUGCCUCAUUUGUGGUAUUAGGCGCUAGCUGUGUAACAAACUCAGGGUGUGUAUCUUUACAAAGAGAGAGCACAUUCAACUCUUUAGGAACUAACAGGCUAAUUACAGAGAGAAAUGUAAUCAUUAGCCUGCAGACCUCUCAAACAAACAAUAAAGGUUCAACCUCAUACUGUAUGUAAGCUAAUGCACAAAUGCGUUAGCUUACAAUGGUUAGCUACCUGGAUAUGAUAGCUAGCUCAUAAUCUGGCGCAAUUUAAACUAAAUCAGAUUUAUCUGUGAUGAAAUGUCAGAAGGUUCCCCCAGUAUGGCAGCUAUGGGUUUAUGUGAUGUGACCUGACAGUCUUGAAGUUGUAAAUACACAAAUACUCCAGACAUUGAAAUAGUAGCAACACACUGUUCAUCUACGGUACCUCUCCUCACAUGAGGCAAACAUUUAACCUACCAUAGAAUCUGACUGCUUCAUGAAUAUAUAACUUCAAUGGAUUCAUGUCGACAGAUUUGCCUUGCUACAGUGGCCCCGUGUUUCAGCGCAGUGUGGGGUUUUUUUUUGUUCCAUACAGUGUUAACAGCUGACUUUCACUCCAGUUUUUGAAGUUGCCUUAGUAAACUGUGCAUGAUAUUUUGGCUUGUGAAGAAUCUAUAUUUGAUCUAGUGUAGCCAAUGUGUUAGGAGGCAUUUGCUUUGUGUCUGUAAAUAACUCACUAUGAGUGUAUGUAUUUCUUAGUCUCCUAUUUGCACAAACCAAAAGUGUCCUCUGAAGCCUGCUCCCUUCCCUUUGUGUCUUACCUAACACGUUUUCAAAAUAUGACCCCAUAUUGCACCAAAACCCUUUAAACUUACACCACUAAAAGUGUGGGAAAGUGUGUUCUGCAAGUACUUUCUCGUAGCAACUUACUCUCAGUAGGAGUAACCAUUAUCCCUUAUGUUUUGCUCAGCUCUAUUAGACCUGUUGCCGGGAAGCUGCUUUCAGCUGUAGAUCCACAAAAGCCAGUGUGAAAAAAUACAUAUAGUAAAAAUUCCACUCAGCUGUUAACAGACACAAAUGUAAAAAAUGUAAAAACUUGCCCCUCUCAGUUAUUUUCUGACUUAUUGGGAUGAUUGAGCCCAGAGGUUAUGCAUAUGCCCUAGAUGAUGGUGAUGGUGGUUUAUGGCAAGAAUACACUCUCCUCUCUGCUUAAUCUGCCCUAACUCUGUCUCCACCCUUUCCCUCUGUGUCCAGCUCUGGGGAGUGGUCGUAAUGUAAACCAAUGACAAGGGGCUGGGCCCAGCCUGUGGGGCAUGAUCAAUGUCUGUUAAGUUAACGGUGCAAUAUGAAAGAGACACUAUAAGUCUGUAUGGAAUACAAUAGUGGUUCUCUAUCACCAUCAUUCUUCCAGUCACUAAAAUUGUGCUGUGCUUUUCAGCAGACUUACAGAUAUGAAGUUGCAUUUGUUUGCUUAUUUCUUGAGUGGACCAAACAUGUUUUAUAAUUUGAUGUAGUAAUAUAAAUGGUGGACUGGUCAUGGACUAUUUCCUUUGUAUAUAAUCAUGAUUCGAUCCAUAGUAUGUGUGUGAAUAUUAGGAGUAAUGCAGGUCAUAAGAAAUGCUAUGUGAAAAGCUACUGCUGUAGAUUUUUUAAGACAUUUGAAGACAUUCAGUUGUGACUAAUUCAUGGGGAGUCCAGGCUGAAGUUAGCCUCAAACAAUUUUGUUUAUUACUGUUGUGGAUAAUGGAGGACGGACUCUCCUUGAAAGCUGUAGUUGUGUGAAGAAUGGAAAAAGAAAGCUUUAAAGAGAAGUUGAAAUCCUGCUUACUAAAUUAUGCUGUUAGAUGAUCCUACAAGAACUCAGACUGCAGCAUACAGACCCCUUCCCAGGCAUUAAACCACUGUAGGGUCAUUCACACAUUGAGAAUUGUUAAGGUCAUUGUGGAGGGCCACUUCCUGUAGGACAAGACUCAGCACUCUACAAAGGACGAGAUGACACUGUAGCUACCAUCGCUCAACAAAGGGGUCAAGUACUUGCUAUGCUGUCUUGACUUCCCUUCCCAUGCAGUUGAUGACGCAUUCACACCUUGACUUUUGUGACUGUAAUAAGUCUUAAGAACCGGGUUAUGCUAGAAAAGAACUCGUUUUUAUGGCCAAAGGGGUUUAGUUGUUGUUAGUUGUUAGUUGUUAGUUGUUCUGAGUGGCCACACUCAAAACCACAAUGAAAGGGUGAUCCUUUUUAACAAGACCAGAUGUGAUAAUCUUUAAACUACUACUGUUCAAGUGUACUAUGUACUGUGGCAGCUCAACAACUUUCACAUGAAUGCCAUUUGGCCAAAGUGCUUGUCAGAUCAUCAGACAACAUUUAAAACCCCCUCACCCUUCACCUUUACAACACCAGAUUUGGGCGACAAUAUUCUGAAACAACAGACGAUCUGACAAACACACUCACUUCACAGAGUUUUUUCUAUUCUUCACACAACUUGAAUCACUCAUUGUGUACAACCAAGUGCAAUGCCAUGGAAGCCUUUGAGGAAAGACUACAGAAGCAUAUGUCGUUAUCACCAGUUGUACAAUUCAUCAUGUUUCACUCAUCUGUAUGAUGGCAGGCUUUUCACCUUGCCUUCAAGUGUGGCUGUUUAUGAACACUUUUGCCUCUAGACAUGGUUGGACACUUUUUACGAACUACAUCCUUGCAAGCAAACCUUGCCCCCAUAACAUCCUUCGUAUGCUCGGCUCUGCAAAUGCACGUGCAUACAAACCUCUGCAGUUAUGUAGUUGCAGAUCUAGCACAUGCCUUCCAAAAUCUGAAACAUUGCGGUCUGUAGCCAUGCCAACUGAAGUGCCUCUAUGGUGAUGAUUUCUACCCCUGACUCUAUCACCAGAAAUCAAUAAGAACACAUGUGCAGCCUGCACAGUGGCAACAUACAGCCACUAUAAAAGUUUUAGAACCAUCACAUCCACAGGAGAAGAGCAUCACUUCCCUUGCCUUCUCCUUCUACAACAGCCUGCUCAUUUACCGCUGUGUCACAGUGCCCGAGAUGACAGCGCAGUUCAGUACUCAGUGCUCAGUUCAGUGCAUUUCUGUACCCCUAGUGACAGAAAUGUACCUUUAUGUCCUGGUACAAAAAUAUACCCACUGGAAAGGAACAGAAUUGGUACCUUAUUAUUUUUUAUGUCUGUUAUUUCUGACUGUAUUUUGAUAGGUGCAGUGAAAGACAGGGAAUGACAUACAACAAAGGGUCAUAGGUCAGACUUGAACCCAUGGCCGCUGCAGUUAAGACUAAACCCAUGUAAUACAUGCUCUACCAGGUGAGCCACCGAGGUGCCCCCAGAAGUGAUACCUUAUGAGGUACAGCUCAAGCAGUAUUUCACUUGGUACCUUUAUGAAGCAAAAACAUCUGCCUAAGUUCACAGACAAAAACAUUUACAGUUACUGACCAAAAUUUAUUUUAAAAACUGACAAUUAGUUUACAUCUUUUAUCAAAGUCAACAUUUUAUAUGUAAACUAAUCCAUUUUCAGUGCAUUUCAUGUAUUGUUAUGAUAGAACAAUGAUUUGUCCUUUAAAAAAUGCUUUUCAACAUUAAGAUGAAGCAUACGACAUAAGAUUAGGAGCCAUGCUCUAAUCACUGAGUUCAACCAAGCAAAAUUUCAUUUAGGUUUCACACACAAAUGGAAAUUGAAUUGAAUGGAAAUUGUUGCCUAUUUUAUUGCAACAAACCCAAUUAUCUAUUUAAAGCAAGAUUGUGUUAUCACUGAUUUGCAGCAUCAUCUGUCUGUACCUUAAUCUUGUUAAAAGAACCAUUAUGUACCCUUUGCUGUCAGCAAUGAUUUUGUACCUCUAAAAUUAAACAAAGAUCCACAGUUAUCACCCUAAGGACCAUUUCAGUACCUUACAGUACAGUACAGAACUUUUCUGAAAAAUGUACCUUUGGCUGCAAAAACAAAACCCUUAUUUCUCUGUGUGUUCAAACCGUGCAGAGAUUUUAAUGACUCUCACUUUUAACAUCUCUCAAUGUGAUACCGACCCUACGGAAGUAGAAUUCAUUGACUCCCAACCAGUCAGUCUGAACUUAGGAGGCCUGUCAGAUGAGCAGCAAAACGUCCUCAGCAAGUCUACAGCAGUUGGUCUUCAUUUAGCACUUCUAGAUUGAUUGGAUCCACAGAUUUGAACAGGUCAUCAAGUAGCAAAUGAAUGACAUUUGAGACUGUUCAGGGAAGCCAGAGGUAGAGAGGCUAGUAUUCAGAGUGUUGAUGGUUUGACCCUUAGAAGCAGGUCGUGUUCAGCUGCCCUAAAGCCAAGCACUGAACCCCUAAAGCAAUCAAGCGCCAGACUGAUUUGAAGAGUCGUACGUGCGAAGGUCAGGAGAUUUAUGUUUGUGUAUAAGUAAAAGUUAAAUGGCCGCUGAAAGUUUUUCUACCUCUAAAAGUGAAUGAAGCUGAUGGAAGAAUAAUGUGUUGACCAUUCAAUCCUUUGAUCAGCAGACAGUGAUCACCAGUAAAGGUUACAGCAGCGAGAAGAAAGAAAUUCAGGGCAAACCUCCAGGGACUUCAGAGAGAUGUACAUCUGUGGGUGUUACACUUCCAAACCUCCCCCUCCCUUCCCUCAGUGGCAGAAGUAUUACUUUGUGUUUAGUUGUGGUAAAUGAAGCUAUUUUAAAUACUGUAAUGAAAAAGAAAUAAUAUAUAUGUAUUUUAACAGAUGUUUUCAUCUUACUCAGUGAGUUUUAUGCUGUAUUAAAAAAAAAAAAACAAUAGAGCACUUAAAAUAAAAUAAAGAAAAGACCUGCAGAUUAUGUCUAAAUGUUUUAUAAAAGAUAAGUUUAGAUUUUGUAUGAGAUGUGAUAUUUUGUGUGAUUUGUCUACGCGGUUAUAAAAUGAGAAAUUGAAUGUACUGUGACUGCCAACUGGCAUAAAAUUGAUUCAAUAAUUGAUUAAUUAAUGAAUAUAUAAACUAUUAAAACUCUGGAAAACA